AUCCCUUCCCAACUCCUCACAAAAACUUUGCCAGUUUAAAAAAGUGCUGACCAAAGCAGCAACUACAGAAGGAGGAGUUCAACGCUUUUCUUUUUUCACAGUCAACUUUAUGUCUCUGCAGAGGUGAGUCUGGUGAGUUAAUUGGUUCCCUCAGGCGCUGGUUUUUGUAUUUUCUUUUUUAAAUUCAACAUUUCGUGCCGCAUGGUACACCUGAACGCCAAGCUCCAGCGCCGAUGGGCGCGGCUCGGACCGGUGCCCAAAUCUCUGUUUUGACUUGCCUGAGAAAGUUGAGCAAAAAGGGACAAAAGGACCGAGGACUGUAAGAACAUCCCACCACGGCUCGUCAACUUCAUAUAAACACAUUAUCUCUCCCGUGGACGUGAUCAGUCAGCCCAUCUUGAGAGGAAUCGGGAUUUGAUUGUUUCUUAUUCGAACUGGUUGAAGCAGAUAAAAUGGGAUGGACGAGUUAACGAGAGAGAUGGACUUCUCAGGAGGCUUGUCAGGAGAAAAGGUUGUGACAGAAACUGUAACCUCCACGACCAGACUGGCUUCUCUACCACCAAAGGGAACCAGUGGAUCAAAUCACAGGAAUAUGUCCAGCAGUGCUGGGGGGCCGGGCUUGGAGAAGAAUGUCUUAACUCAGAACAGCAGUGGAACUUAUUUCUCUUCAUCCUCUGUAGGUGUGAACACCAGCAGCUUCAGCUCCUCCUCGGGAGUUUACCUAGGAGGAGACUCCUCGGGAAGAGGUGAUGGAGGGGGCAUCUACAUAGAUGGAGAGGGGUACGGAAGCGGAGGAGGGGGAGGGGGAGGGGGAGGAGGAGGAGGAGGAGGAGGAGGAGGAGGAGGAGGAGGAGGAGGAGGAGGAGGAGGAGGAGGAGGAGGCGGCGGCGGCAGAGGCAACAGCAGUUAUCUCGUGACCUCGGUCUCAAAGGUCAGGUCCAGCUCGUCGGGUGGUGCCAGGAGAGCGCAGACUGCUGGCUCAUCGGGAGGCCUGUCGCCAGCUUUCCGGGAGAGGAAGAACAUAUCCAGCCGCUCAGAAGGUUACGAUGGAAGUUCGAGUGGUAAUUCCUCUCCGGAGUUUACACGCAAAGAUUAUGGAAUCUAUUGCUCCAACACCACAAGGGGGAGGAGUGAAAGCAGAGAGAGCGAGAUCAGAGCCAGAUUGCAAAGUGCCUCUCCCACUGCCGGCAGAUGGACGGAGCUGGAUGACGUGAAGAAGCUGCUGAAGGGACGCUCCUGCAGCGUCAGCCCCACUCGCUCCUCCAACGCCUCCAUCACACUGCCUGUUCCCAAAAAGGCCAGCGUUAAAACCCAGACCAUGACCUCUGUGACCUCUCAGUCUGGUUCAACUUCAUUUGGCUCUGGUGUGAGAUCAGGCGGGUUCCACACCAUUGAUACAUCAGGCCUGUAUGAUACUGCACUGACAUCUGGGCAGUUUGAUACUGGUGUCAAAUCAGGCCAGUUUGAUGCUGGUGUCAAAUCAGCCCAGUUUGAUACUGGUGUCAAAUCAGGCCAAUAUGAUUUCACUCUGAAAUCAGGCCAAUACGAUACUGGUGUGAGAUCAGCCCAGUACGAUACUGGUGUGAGAUCAGCCCAGUACGAUACUGGUGUGAGAUCAGCCCAGUACGAUACUGGUGUGAGAUCAUCCCAGUACGAUACUGGUGUGAGAUCAGCCCAGUACGAUACUGGUGUGAGAUCAGCCCAGUAUGAUACCAGCAUAAAAUCAGCUCAGUAUGAUACUGGUGUGAGAUCAGCACAGUAUGAUACCAGUGUAAAAUCAGCUCAGUAUGAUACCAGUGUAAAAUCAGCUCAGUAUGACACGCUGGAUGCUACACUUCCUACUUUCUCUUGGUCCACAUCCACGCUGCCCUCCCCCUCCACUACGGUUAUUGCUGGCAACACCAGCGGAUACGCGUACCAGACCGGCACCAACAACAUGGCGGGAGGAUCUUCGCCACUCAGCCUCACCUCACCCUCGUCCCUGUCAGUUUACGGCUUUCAGAAUAAUUUGGCCCCCACCUCUCCCAGUGUGCUCACCACCAGUGGAGGCAACGUAAAUGCUCACCUAGGAGGUUAUGGCGUUCAGAAGAAUUUGUCAAAUGGUGGCGGUGUCGUAAUCGGCAGCAAUGGAGUCUCUACAACCACUAGAUCCCAAACUGAUGGCAAGUACCUGAUCUCUGAAAAGGAGAACGCUCCAGCCAAGAGGGAAGCAGAAAUGUUGAUUUUGGCUAAAGACAGCGGGAAGCAGUUCACCAGCAGCAGCAGCAUGCAGAUGGGAGGAGGGUCGCUAUCAGGAGAUUCAAUGAAGAAAGAGAAGCUUAUUUCAAGCUACAGUGAGAAGGCGCAACUGAAGACAGAGACAGGCAACUCUUACUAUGGAUCCACUGGAGUAGUAAUGAAGGACAAAGCCACCUAUGCAGAGAUUCACAGAGACAGCGGCGUCUUUGGAGGUGGAGGACUGUGCUGCUGCUCCGACUCAUGUUGCUCCUGGUGGAAAUGGCUGCUGGGACUUCUACUCCUCUCCCUGCUCCUGCUGGGACUCCUUUUUGGGCUCAUUGCACUCGCCGAGGACGUGAGAAAGCUGAAGAAUCGAAUGGCAUCGCUGGAGGCCAAGUCCUCAGUGGCUUCUGCCCAUACCGGCCGGCUGUCAGGUUCUAACAAUGACAUCCACAACUUUGGAGUCGCUGGAGGUGGAGGGACCUCCCACACUGACAACACGCUACUCCUGGGCCCUGGAGGUGAAGGUUCUGACUCCAAAACACGAAUCGGGAUAGCAGCUGGUGGGGGCGGCUCCACUGGCGGAAAUGGCAUUGAUGUCGUCAUUGGAGGUGGUUCUGCUGGCACCGGUGUGGCCACCGGGGAAGGUGCUGGUGGUGCCGGUACCGGUUUUAGUGGCAGUGCCGGUGGUACUGGUCGUGCCAGUGUUACUGGUGUUGGCGGUGGUACUGGUGAUGCUGCUGGUGCGGGUGGUACUGGUGGUACCAGCUUUAGUGGUGGCACUGGCCAAGGAUCCGUUUUGAGCGGAGGAUACAUAGACGCUGCCGCUCUUCAGAUUCAGAUCCAGCAGAUGUUAAGAACUGAAAUGCAAUCCCAGUCAUACAGAGCUUUUCUAGCAUCGUCAGUGCAGGGAGAGAGAGGGCUGCCUGGACCUAAAGGGGACCCUGGAUCUAAAGGUGAUUCUGGCAACCCUGGACUUCAAGGUGCUCCGGGAUAUGCAGGACCUGAGGGUCCAAAAGGACAGAAAGGAAGCCAAGGUGAUCAUGGACUGGAUGGCGUCAGGGGUCGCGAUGGCCCGCCUGGCCCCAGAGGUGAGGCAGGACCUCCAGGCUUUGGAACGAAAGGUGACAGAGGUGCUCCUGGGGAUCCUGGGCCUGCCGGCCCGGCUGGACCAAAGGGCACAGCUGGAAUUCCUGGACUUUCUGGAGUACCAGGUCAACCAGGUGCUCAGGGUUUCCGUGGCGAGACAGGCCAACCGGGGCCCAAAGGUGACAGAGGGCUUGCUGGAUUCCAAGGACUUAAAGGUGAAACUGGUGACCCAGGUCUCAAAGGAGUGAAAGGUGAUCCUGGUUUACCAGGUCUGCAAGGGGCAGCUGGAGAGAGAGGAAUCAAAGGGUCAAUGGGGUUGUCUGGAGUCGAUGGAUUGACAGGAUCAAAAGGUGACCAAGGAAAUCCCGGGCCCCCUGGACUCAGAGGUCCUGCUGGGCCUCCUGGAGAUGCUGGACUUCCAGGAACACCUGGGCUUCAAGGACCACCAGGGAUACCAGGGAAUCCAGGACGACCAGGCUCUAGAGGUGAAUCAGGUCAACCAGGAAGAAUCAUUAAUGCAGCUGGAUCCACUUCUUUUGGCAUCCCAGGACCACCUGGGCCUGCUGGUCCUCCUGGCCCUGCGGGACCUCCAGGAUUAUCAGGUCCCAUUGGCCCUGCUGGUCUGCCUGGCCAACCUGGUGCUAAAGGGGACAGGGGAUAUAAGGGAGAGCAGGGAGAACAAGUAAUAACAGCGAGAACGACUGAAAGUCUAUCUUCCAGGCAGUUUAGUGCCAGUGGAGGUGUUGGACAGCCUGGCCCCCCGGGCCCACCGGGUCAACCUGGACGUCCAGGAGAUUCAAGACAAGGACCUCCAGGACCACCUGGGCCUCCAGGUCAGCCAGGUUAUGGAAUUCCAGGACCCAAAGGAGACAAAGGAGAGGCGGGCUUUGCAUCCAGCUCUGGAACAUUUUAUACUGGACCACCAGGACCACCUGGGCCUUCUGGGCCUAAAGGAUCAACAGGUUCUCCUGGACCAAGAGGAUACCAAGGCGAACCAGGUCAACAAGGUGUGCCGGGCACCCCAGGAAGACCAGGAAGCUCUGAGAGAGUGUCGACUUUUGGUGGAGGACAGGGGAUCCCUGGACCACCAGGUCCACCAGGUCCACCAGGACUUCCUGGACCACAGGGACUUAAAGGGGAUACCGGAGCGCCUGGUGUUUCUGGCUUUUCAAGAGGUUCGGUCACAGUCACCUCAGGCCCUCCUGGACCUGCAGGUCCUCCUGGCCCUCCAGGCCAACCGGGCUCCUUCGCUUCUUCUAGUGAGAUGCGGCAGUACAUCACUGACUAUCUAAGUAGAAGCAGACAGUCUAGUAUCCCCGGACCUCCAGGUCCACCUGGGCCUCCAGGAAUCCCUGGAAGCUUUUCAGGCUCUAUUGAUGACAUCUCCACUCGAAUCAUUGCAUACCUGAGACGUUCGGACUCAGGCCUUAGCAUUGGUGUCCAGGGUCCUCCAGGACCACCUGGUCCACAGGGCUAUGGAUCCCUGACGGUCAGCGGUCUCAUAUCCAUGCUUCAGAGAGAAGAUGUGAGGAGAUACUUGACAGGACCACCAGGGCCACAAGGACCACCGGGACGACCAGGACAACCAGGGACAUCGGGAGGAUUUUCAGGCAGUUACAGUAUAGAGGAGAUAGCCACAUAUAUCUUCAAAAUCAUGAAUGACCGAGGGAUUGCUAGAGGUCUGCCCGGGCCACCCGGGCCACCCGGUCCUCCUGGGCUUUCUGGUGCAGGGGGAUCUGGCUUGGUUACUGCUACAAUUGACUAUGCUGAACUGAUAAAACAUUCAGACUUCCGCUCAUGGAUUAGCUCUGCACUACAACCCGGUCCUCCGGGUCCUCCGGGUCCUAGGGGUAUCCAAGGGCAACCUGGUCCUCCCGGCCCUCAGGGCCCCGCUGGAGUCUCCACUGCCACUGUGUACGGGGGUGCAGGAGGUCGUGGCUACAGCUUGGAGGAAAUUCAGCGUUACCUGCAGGGUUCUGGGUUUAGAGGUUUUCCCGGCCCUCCUGGUCCUCAAGGUCCACAAGGUCCACAAGGUCCACAGGGUCCACCAGGCAGUUACAGCGGAUCCAUUUCUUACAACGGAAACUUCCCUCGAGAGAGCAUCCGCACUGAAAUUCAGCAGUAUCUGACCAGUGACAGUGUUCGUCGUGCCAUCAUCGGACCUCCGGGCCUUCCAGGACCGAUGGGUCAAAAGGGAGAGCGCGGAGAGCCGGGUUACAUCCAGAGCCAGACGCAGAGCCAGAGCUACACUCAGGGUGAAUCCCAACAAGGCUCUGAGCGUAGAGAUAUCCAUGUCACACAGACCCUGGACCACUCCAACCUCGCCAACGUUGCAACAAAAGUUACAGACUACAUCAAGCGUCAAGGCCUGCUGCAUGAUUAUCUGGUUGAGGGUACUUGGAGGGCGAAUGUACGAGCGAUUCAAGGCCCCCCUGGUCCACCUGGCCCUGUUGGACCACCUGGUCAGAGCCGUGUCAUCGGUUCCUAUGGCAACGUCACCGCUGACCUCAUGGAGUUCUUCAGAAUCUAUGGCACCAUCCCCGGAACUCCAGGAGGCCCUGGACCAAAGGGUGAGAGAGGGUACCCAGGACCCAGAGGAGAAAAGGGUGAUCCUGGGCAACAAGGUUUACCAGGAACACCAGGGCUAUACACCUACCAAAUUCCACACAAAGUGCAGAAGAGGGAUGCAGGCAAUAAUUUGGUCGGUGGUUAUCGUCAGCAUCGCCGUCACGCCAGCGGUGCCUAAUCAUACUACUGGAUCAUGUCAGAUUUCAUUUUUACUCUUUUUUUGUUUUUGUUUUUAGUUGUUCAACUGUAGCAAACGCAAGUAGGCAAACUGCGCCUUACUGUUACCAUCUGUAGAAAAGUCACAAGACAAUUUGAGAAAACUUAAGUAGCCAAUAAGUCUUUUUAAAAACAGCUUCAGGUAGAGUAGUAUGGAUUAAGCUGCUGGUCAGUGUCUUUGUUACACAGACUUCAUUCUUAUUGACAUGUGGGUGUAUAAUGUUUACUUUGCUUAAUUAGAAGCUUGCAUUCAAACUUCCAGGGAGCAGCUUUGUUUAACAGAAUAUCUGUUUAAUCAAUCAGUAGCUGAGCUUUUAAUUACACUUUUCAUCUUUACCACUGCUCGUGUAAUUUGGUGUACUUUUUUUGUCUUUUGAGGAUUAUAUUGUAUUAAGGACUAUAUAAUGUGUUUACUUUGUCAAAGUAAACUUUCAAUGUUAAAAUACUAUAUUGUCAGAUUAUCUACAUAAAUCAAGCCCACCUCCAUCUUUAAAGACCUCUUGAAGUAAUCCGUUCAUCCCAUACAAAUUACAAAAUAAUUUACUUUUGUUUUUUAAAUAUAUAGCAAUGCAUCAUUACCAGUCAGUGAGGGUCAUUUGUGCAGCAAGGAGUGAACUUAGAUUACAGUAGGACUGAUGACUUGAAAAGACCUUGACCUUGAAAAGGUUUGUUGGUUAAAAACAGAAAUAAAUGUUGCAUGGUUGAAAGACAGAUGAUCACUCAAGAAAUGACUGAUUGAACUGUAUAUUUUUGUAUGAGAGUGCACUGAAAUUGAUAUAUUUUCUUUAUACCUUUAAGUGUUGGAAAGAAUAAAUUAUAAAAUGUU